AUGGAUUCUAAGUAUAUUUGUCUUUUGAUUUUAGUGGGUCUUUCGAGUGCUUUGAGGAGUGAAGGAUUUGGGACUUUUGGGUUCAAUAUACACCACAGGUAUUCGGAUUCCGUGAAGGAUUUUUUGAACCUUGAUGGGUUGCCGGAGAAGGGUUCGCUUGAUUACUACGCCGCCAUGGCUCACCGCGAUCAGCUCAUCAAGGCACGCCGCCUUGCCGCCACUCCAGCUGAUUCUACCCAUCUCAGUUUCUUUGGUGGCAACGUGACUUUCCAAUUCAGUUCUCUGGGAUUCUUGCACUAUGCAAUUGUUACUGUAGGCACUCCUCCUUUAACAUUUCUCGUGGCACUUGACACCGGCAGCGAUCUGUUCUGGUUGCCAUGUGAUUGUACCAACUGUGCACGUAGCUUGAACUCAACCUCGGGAAAGGCCAUAAAACUGAAUAUAUACAGCCCUAGUAAUUCAUCGACAGGCGUACCUGUUCCGUGCAACAGUACUACGUGUGGACAGAGAAGACAAUGCUCAAUUAGACGUAAUGCUUGUGCUUAUCAAGAGGUAUAUCUUUCCAGCAACACCUCGUCUACAGGGAUAUUGGUAGACGAUGUUUUGCACUUGGCUACGGAUGACAGUCAAGAAAAAGUUGUUGAUGCCCCAAUUACAUUAGGCUGUGGAAUUGUUCAAACUGGUGAUUUUUUGGAUGCUGCUGCUCCUAAUGGUCUUUUUGGGCUUGGUAUGGAUAGCGUAUCCGUCCCUAGCAUUUUAGCCAGCAAAGGGCUUGCAGCAAAUUCUUUCUCCAUGUGUUUCGGGCCUCAUGGAAUUGGAAGAAUGGUUUUCGGUGACAAAGGGACUCCAUCCCAAAAAACAACACCAUUCAAUCUUAAACAAUCGCACCCAACUUAUAAUAUCACUGUGGCACAAAUAAUUGUGGGAGAGAAUGCCACUAAUGUUGAGUUUUCAGCAAUUUUCGACUCUGGUACCUCAUUUACAUACUUGAAUGACCCGGCUUACUCAGUUAUUGCCAAGGGGUUUGAUUCUCAAGUAUCCGAGCCACGUUAUCAACCAGAAACUCAGAUCAUUUUUGACUAUUGCUAUGCAUUAGGUGCGAACCAAAAGAGCUUCAACUAUCCUCAUUUGAACUUGACUAUGAAAGGCGGAGACCAAUUUUAUGUUAAUGCACCUGUAAUUGUAAUUCCUCGUCAGGGUGGAUAUGCAUAUUGUUUGGCUAUUGUCAAAAGUGAAGAUGUUGACAUUAUUGGACAAAAUUUUAUGACUGGCUACCGCAUAGUUUUUGAUCGCGAGGAAAACAUUUUGGGUUGGACAGAUUCUGACUGCUAUGAUUCCAAGAAUGGAUCAAAUACUCUACCAGUGAACAAGUCAACUGAAGCUCCCACGCCUUCCAAUUUGGAUCCGCAAGCCACACCCGGAAAUAGAACUCGUUCUCCAGAAAUUUCAUCACCUCCACCAUCGUCGCCAACUGGUCCGACCAGGCCACCUUUCGGGAAUAGUGCAUCCCGCUUGAGUUCCAUUUCAUGCAAGCUUGUCAUGGUUAUUUUUGGCAUUUUUAGCCAUUACUUGAUCAUUCUUUCUUGA